UGAUGAUAAUGAAAUGUGUAUAUUACGGAAUCUAUAUAAGCAUAAGAGUUGGAAAUUUAUAGAUUAAAAAAUAUUUAAAUCAAUUUAAAGAAAAAAUGACAAAAGUUGUAAGUAACAAAAGGCAGAUGCUUCAUCUAGUUAAAUUAAUGGAAGAAAAUUUAGAUGUUGCAAGAGCUGUGAUCUCUAAAAAUAGCGCAAAAGAGAAAUGGGAGGAAUUUUCAAUUGAACUUAAUAAAUUAGGUCCACCUCAACGAGAUUGGGAAAAAUGGCAGCGUGUUUGGAGAGACUUAAAAGCAAAAGUUAGAAAAAAAGCUUAUGAGCAGAAGGAAGAUACAAGAAUAUAUGGUAUUGCAUCAAAUAAAUAUUACCCACUUUCUCAAAUGGAAGAAAUGGUUGCAAGUAUAUUGGAAUUGAGUUCCUCUAUGGAUCUACAAGAAGAUGUAAUAAAUUUAGAUGAGAAUAGAAGAAGAACUAGUACUAUUAUUGAAGAGAUGGAAACAGUUCAAGAUUCUAAUAGUUGUAUUGAAAAUACUGUAGAAAAUGUAUGUGAUGAAUUUGAGCCAGCUUCUGAAAAGUCGAAACUUGAAGGAAAACGGUUAAAUAAAGAGCUGAAAAUGAUACAUAAUGAUAAACGAUUAGAUUUAUUAAAAGAGCAAAUUAAUUCUCAGAAUAAAUAUCGUGAAAACGCUUCAAAAAUAAUGGGUGAUUUUCAAAAAAGCUUGGAAUCUAUCGGCAAAUAUACAAAAGAAAAUUAUUUUGACAAAAAAACAUAUAGGGAAUGUAAAUUAGAUUUUAUGCGAAAGAAAAUAGAUCUUUUGGAACAGGAAAUUAAAAAUAAUGAAGAUGAAGCUAGAAGGCAAGAAAUAUACAGAAAAACAAAAUUAGAGAUGAAAAAUAAUUCUUAUCCGACACAACAGACUGAAAAUAAUAUUGAAACAUCUAAUACAGAUUCAACACUUCAGCUUUUAACGGAAACAAAAAAUACCCACAAAAUGAUUUUAGAAAAUGUUCGCGACAUUAAAAUGAAAUUAUUUAUGCAAAAAAAAUCUACUACACAUUGUGAGGAUUGCUCUAGUACAAAUAAAGAUAUGUUGGCGGUACAAAAUCAAAUCUUGGAAGUACAACAAAAAAAUUUAAACAUUCAAAUGCAAAUUAUUGAAGAAAUUAAAAAGUUAUCUGAACAUUUUUUCUAUAAAACCGAUGAAAAUAAUUCGAAAAGUGUUCAAAAUGAAAAUUUGGAACUUAAUCGCAAUAGUGAAAGUGAUGAUGUAAGUAAUAGUGACGAAGAUCCUCUUAGUAAUAUAAAAGACAGAAAAAGAAUCAAAUUAGAAUAAGUAAAGAAUUUCAUUUUUUUUUUUUGCUUCUAUACGUUCGAGCUUUGGAUAAUUUAUAAAAAUUAAGCAAAAAAAAAAACAAUAAU